AUGUGGACCCUUUUGCAGUCACCGCUUGUGAACAGCGCUGUCUGCAUCGUUCUGUUUACCUUUGUCGCUCGCUUUAUUGCGAGAGGAUAUGCCAUCCGUCAGAAGUGCCGCAAGCUGGUGAGUUGCUCGUGGACCGCUUUCUUGGAGUUACUCUCUGAUUUUGGCGCAGCCAGGUGCACCUCACUCCAUGAUAUGGGGCCACUUGAAGGAAAUGGGCACGGUCGCGGGACUAUAUCCGAGGAGGGUACAUCCACAUACGUAUCCCCACAAGAUCAGGACCAGACACAACCUUGGCUCACUGAUUUGCAUGGACGUAUGGCCCAUCAAUGACCCUUUCAUCGCGGUCAUGGACCCGGCUGCCAGCCAACAGUGUACGGUUGAAUUCAAUACGGAGAAACACCCCGCGAUGAAACCAUAUCUGGAUAAGCUCGUCGGCCCAGACGAUAUGAUCUCGGCGAAUGGCGAGCUGUGGCAGAAGUGGCGAAGGAUGUUCAAUCCCGGCUUCUCCUCUCAACAUCUGACGACUUUGAUACCCGGCAUCGUGGACGACGUCUUGGUAUACGUGGAGAAUCUCAAGCAGCAUGCCGAUAAAGAAGAGGUCUUUCGUCUCGAGGAGGACACCACCCGACUCACGGUCGAUGUCAUCGGGAGAGUGAUCCUGGACCUCCAUUUUGACAUGCAGCGGAGUGAUAAUCCUUGCAUUGAGGCUCUCCGGGAACAGGUACACCUCCUUCCGAAUCAAGGCCAUCUCAAUCCUCUGGAUAUGUGGCAUCCUUAUGGCAUUUACCGGCGCUGGAAGAACCACCGAAUCAUGGAGGACUACAUCGGGAAAAUACUGGAUGAGCGCUUUGCCAGGUCAAAUCUCAAGGAGACACGCAAGGAACGUAAGAAGACUGUCAUCGACCUUGCGCUGAGUAGCUACAUGUCGGGAGUUGAGGCGGACCUGGACGACUCGUCUAUCGAUGCGUCGAAGCUCAGGAUGGACGCGGCUUUCCGCAAAGGUGCCAUCACUCAGAUUCGUGUAUGUCUCUUUGCAGGGCAUGACACGACAAGUAGUAAGGAACCCCCCGGCACCCAUUCAUUUCCGUGACACCUGCUGAUUUAUCGAUUUCAGGUACAAUGUGCUACUUGUUCUACCUCCUGCAAAACCACCCCGAAUGCCACCGUAGGAUCUGUCAAGAGCAUGAACGCGUGCUUGGCCAGAUUGAAAACACGGCCGAGACGAUCAAGACCCACCCGCAUCUCCUAAACCAACUUCCUUACACCAUGGCAUGCAUCAAGGAGACGCUCCGACUGUUCCCAGCCGCCUCGGCACCGCGUAUGGGCGACAAGGCGUUGACGCUCCGAGACCCAAAGACGGGCGAAUCAUACCCGACGGAAGGCCUGAUGGUCUGGCUGGUCCACCACGGUCUCGGCCGAAACCCCGACGUCUGGGGCGAGACCGUCUCGCAGUUCGACCCGACGAGAUUCCUGCCCGAGAAUGCCCACCGAGUCCCCGAGGGAGCGUGGAGACCUUUCGAGAUGGGCCAGCGGAACUGUCUCGGGCAGAAUUUGGCACUGCUGGAACUGCGCAUCAUCUCCGCGCUUUGCUGCCGGGUGUUUGAUUUCGAGCUAAGAAUGGAUGCUAUCGAAGAGCUGAAGAAGGAUGGGAGUUUCUAUGCGAGGAACGAGGCUUUCCGGCAGGGCCCGCAGGAGGUUGAGGGGGAGCCGCUUUAUCAGACUUUGAUUGGUGCGGCGAAGCCACGAGAGGGUAUGCCGGUCGCGGUGCGGUAUCAAAAGUAG